AGAUAACAAAUCAGAUGAUAGAAACCUGCAAAGACUACAUCACCUGUAGGGGUCAGGAAAGCAUUUGGUCACAAGACAGAGUCCAAAUGAAGGAAAAAUUAACGAACUGCAUAAUAUUGAAUAAAGUGUAUAGAAAAACGUACAACGUCGUAAAAGCCCAACCGUUUUUGCCUGGACAGCACCAGUUUAAUUUUUCGGAAAAUUACGUUUUUGGAAAAUUCGACGCUUUCUGCAAACGUUUGAUGAAAAUCAUUUCUAUGUUUGAUUUGAUAGAUGACUAUACUGGAUUAUUUCAGAGGAGGAUGGAGGGGUUGCUUCUGGGUGAUGCUUUGGAAGAAGCAAUUCAAAAGUUUUCAGAAAUAAAACAAAUAGUGAUGAACAAACCCUAUGACUAUUUAGAUCACAGAAACGUCGAAUAUGAUAAUGACUUCAAAACGUUUUUGGCAAAUACAGAACAGCUUAGACAGAAUAUUGCCGAAGCAAUAGAAAGAAAUUUCGAUAGCGUUUGGGAAACACCACAGGGUAUCAGAUUUUUGACUAGAUUUGAAAAGGUUAGCGAAAAGAUUCCAUUAGCAAAAAUGGAGGAGAAAUACGAUCGAAUAUUAAAGUAUUGUGAAAAAGAAGUAGAACGGAUAAUCAAAAUGUACAAAAAACAGAAAGAUGAUCCGCCAGUCCCUAGAUUAUUUCCUCCAAUCGCAGGUUAAGAUCUAAUAUAAAUGGUAGUGCAUGACAUAAUGUAGCUUUCUGUUUAUCACUUCUGGACUUCAACUUUAUAAAGAAGAGUUAAAUGGGCCAGAGCUCUAAUAUCGCAUUUAGAAGAACUGCUAUCUAGCGUAACAACGCAUCAAAUUUUGAAAAACUUACCCGCCACCGUUGAACUGUCGAAAAAACAUAUCGCGGCUGAAAUAAUGUUGAGGGCCUACGAAGCUGAUAUAGUAUGCCUAUGGAUGAACCAGCAUGUUUCCGACGUGGACCUUUGCCUGAUGAGAAAUUUGAUAGCAGUUUGCCAAGAUCAACAAAAAUUAAAAGUUAAUCUUCAUCCUGCCAUACCGUUACUGAUAAGAGAAUCAGAUUUUAUGAUAAAAAUGGAACUUCCGGUACCAAUGGUCGCACUAACAUUGUAUGCCAAGCAGGAACAUUUUAAUUUAGUUCAAGAUUCUCUUCAAUUCUUGAUCAAUGAUUACCUUAAGGCCGUUAAAACAGUAAAAUUGGAAGUAAGACCUUUGUUUCUACCCCAUUUGAUCAAAUUGACGCAUAACAUUGAACCUGGAUUGACUAAACUUAACUGGGUCUCCCUGGAUUGGAAAGAUUUCGUCGAUAAAGGGAACGCAGCUAUCAAAAAUUUUAAAGAAUUGACCGACAGAGUCCACGAUAUCUAUGCUAAUAGAGUUAUGGAAGUUUUGAGUAGCAUGCAGGUAAUCCAGCUGUACGCGUUACCAGGAAAUGGAGAGGAAUCAUGGACUGUCGAAAACUUUUGCAACAAAAUUGAUAUGGUGUGCACAACGGCAGCUAUUGAACUGCACAAAAAGAGUUUAAUGAUCGAAGAAGCAGUGGAAGAGAUACUUUCCCUUGUUAAAAGAGCUGAUAUUGAUCCGCAAAGUAGUCUAGAUGAGGAUGCAUUUACCUUUGAAGAUGAAGAUAAAAAUGCUGAAACCGGAAGCUCAGCGACACAACAGCAAUCUGAUUGGUCGUUGGUUUGGGAAUGUUUUGAAAAACCUCAUAUUCUAAUAGGUGGUGCUGCUAUCAAAUCAAUGCAGGAUAUUGUAAAAGGAGCUUUGGGAGAAAUGCGACGUUACUAUAGUAGAAAAAUUGUAGACGUGUUGGUAAAAGUCACCCGAAGCUCUUUGGAUGCGUUAAGAAAAAGAUUUUCACUGGAAUAUGUUAGCGAAAGAACUGCAGUUUUCAAACUGAACUCAUUGCUGCUAAUACCGAAAGUCGGAAUUAAACCGAACUUAGAAGAAGUGCAAGAAAUUUUAGUUACAGUAGGAAAGACUAUCACGACUGUCUCUAAAGGAGUUGGACAAUGGUCCUCUGGAUCUCAGACAUCUUCGCCGAAGAAGUCAGCUUGGAAAAAAUUAGCCUACCCCAAAUCUAAUUUAAUGGACAUUGUGAACCGUUCACGCUUCGACCAACAAAAGGUCAUCAAAGGUCCCAUAAAGACCAAGGAGGAGGAAAUGAAGAUGAAACGACGAAAGCUCUACAGGUUGAUGACCGAAGAGAAGCCUACCAUUCCUAUACAGCAGAGGAAUUUUUACAAUCACGUCAUGGAAAACAAAGAGGUGGUGAAGACUUUGUCGUUGCUGUCUACUUGUAUGCAAGAUAUGAAACAGGACAUGACCCAAUUCAUGACGAGAUGGCGUCCCUACAACAUUCUCUGGAGAAACGAGAAGACCCAACGUGAAUUACUGAAUGCCGUCUUGACCGAAUUCGAAACUUCUUUGAGAAAACACGAAGAACUUACUGAGCGUUUAGAAACGGAACCGGAUGUGUUUGUCAUCGCCAACUGCUUAGCAAUUUCGACAGAAAAUCUGAAAUAUGGCCUAUUGACGGAGAUAAAGUCUUGUACUCAUAGAAUCGGACAGGCGAUGAAGAAAAAAUAUCGCCGAGAAAUGGAUUACGUGUACGCCGUUAUAAGUGAAAUGGACAGAAAACUCGAAAGGACGAUAAGAGAUUUGGACGACGUCAGGCUGAUAAUGGACACUUUAAAAAAAAUAAGGGAACAAGAAGUUGACAUGGACUUGAAAAUAGAACCUGUAGAGGAAGCGUUUAACGUUCUACAUAGAUACAGUGUACCAGUGGAGAGAGAAGUGAUAGAGCAAGUAGACAACUUGCGGUACACUUGGAAGCAACUGCUCGACCGUGCCAUGAAAGUCCAAAUGAAUCUUCUUGACAUGCAACCGGUUUUCCAACUAGAUCUUAAAAACAACUUAAGCAAAUUUAAACAGGACAAGCUCGAUUACUGCAAUGAGUACAGGAACGCUGGACCGAUGCAGCCUGGGUUAACCCCAAGGGAAGCUUCAGAUAGACUCAUCCUAUUCCAGAACCGUUUCGAUGGUAUGUGGCGCAAACUGCAAACUUACCAAAGCGGCGAAGAACUAUUUGGGCUUCCACAAACCGAUUACCCUGAUAUGGCUCAAAUCAGAAAAGAACUGAACCUUCUUCAGAAACUGUACAAACUCUACAACGAUGUCAUCGAUCGGGUGAACAGCUACUAUGAUAUACCUUGGGGUGAAGUGAAUAUCGAAGAAAUUAAUAACGAAUUAAUGGAGUUUCAAAAUAGGUGUAGAAAAUUGCCUAAAGGCUUAAAAGAAUGGCCAGCUUUCUUCGCCUUAAAGAAAACUAUCGACGACUUCAACGAUAUGUGUCCUUUGCUGGAAUUGAUGGCAAACAGAGCAAUGAAGCCUAGACAUUGGCAGAGGAUCAUGGACUCUUUGAACCACAUUUUCGAAUUCGAAAGCGAAGGUUUUUGUCUAAAGAAUAUUCUGGAGGCUCCGUUGCUACAGCAUAAGGAAGAUAUUGAGGAUAUUUGUAUAUCGGCAAUGAAAGAAAAGGACAUUGAAGCUAAACUUCGACAAGUGACGAAUGAAUGGACGGUACACGAAUUAACUUUCAUGACAUUCAACAAUAGAGGGGAACUGUUGCUCAGAGGAGAUACAACAGCGGAGACAAUUGGACAGCUGGAAGACAGUCUAAUGAUUCUAGGGUCAUUAUUGUCCAACAGAUACAAUGCGCCCUUCAAAAAACAAAUCCAAACGUGGGUCCAUGAUUUGUCUAACACCAACGAAAUCCUAGAAAGAUGGUUGCUUGUGCAAAACAUGUGGGUGUACUUGGAAGCUGUCUUCGUUGGUGGAGAUAUAGCUAAACAGCUGCCUAAAGAAGCGAAAAGGUUUUCAAAAAUAGACAAAUCCUGGCAGAAAAUUAUGCAACGUGCCCAUGAAACACCAGGAGUUGUGGCUUGUUGCGUGGGAGACGAUCUAUUAAAACAACUCUUACCACAUCUUCAAGAGCAGUUAGAGUUAUGUCAGAAAUCACUAAGCGGAUACCUAGAAAGAAAACGUAUGAUGUUCCCAAGAUUCUUCUUCGUAUCAGAUCCGGCUCUUCUGGAAAUCCUGGGCCAAGCUUCCGAUUCACACACCAUCCAAAAUCACUUGCUGUCUAUUUUCGACAAUACCAGAUACGUAAAGUUCCACGACAUUGAGUACAAUAAGAUAAUGGCCAUCAUUUCGUCCGAGGGAGAGGCGAUACCACUGGAAAAGGCUGUGAGGGCUGAAGGUAGCGUCGAAACUUGGUUGACGCAGCUCUUGGUUACGUCGCAAACUUCACUGCAUUCGAUCAUACGACAGGCUCAUCAAUUCAUUAACGAUGUCAAUUUUGUGUUGUUGCAGUUUUUGGACAAAAUGCCAGCGCAGAUUGGAUUACUGGGCCUUCAAAUGAUUUGGACCCGAGACUCCGAAUUAGCGCUAAUGCAAGCCAGGCACGAUAAGAAAGUCAUGCCUGAUACAAACAAUAAGUUCCUGGAACUGUUGAAUACCUUAAUCGAUCAAACAACACGGGAUCUAACUAAAAUAGAGAGAACAAAAUUCGAAACGUUAAUUACGAUCCAUGUUCAUCAACGGGAUAUAUUCGAUAUUUUGUGCCGUCUGAACGUCAGACACGUAAACGAUUUCGAGUGGCUCAAGCAAUGCAGGUUUUACUUUAAAGAAGAACAAGAUAAAACCUUAAUAAUCAUAACAGACGUAAACUUCUCAUACCAAAACGAAUAUUUGGGUUGUACGGAUCGACUGGUGAUAACACCUUUAACUGAUAGAUGUUACAUUACGCUUGCCCAAGCGCUAGCCAUGAGCAUGGGCGGAGCCCCAUGUGGUCCUGCAGGUACGGGUAAAACAGAAACGGUUAAAGACAUGGGUAAAACACUUGCCAAGUACGUCGUGGUGUUCAACUGUUCCGAUCAAAUGGACUAUCGCGGAUUGGGGCGCAUAUAUAAAGGACUAGCUCAGUCUGGAUCUUGGGGCUGCUUUGAUGAAUUCAAUCGUAUAGAAUUGCCAGUUUUGUCAGUUGCUGCGCAACAAGUAGCUGUGGUGCUGGCGAGUAAAAAAGAAAAAAAGAAAUCGUUCCAGUUUACCGAUGGUGAUAUUAUAGAAAUGUGCCCCGAGUUCGGAAUAUUCAUAACUAUGAAUCCUGGUUAUGCAGGAAGAAAAGAACUUCCAGAAAAUUUAAAAAUACAAUUUCGAACGGUGGCCAUGAUGGUGCCAGAUAGACAAAUUAUAAUCAGAGUAAAAUUAGCCAGUUGUGGAUUUCUGGAAAAUAUUACUUUGGCAAGAAAAUUUUACACUCUAUACAAACUUUGCGAGGAACAAUUAACAAAACAGGUACACUACGACUUUGGUCUGAGAAACAUACUUUCUGUAUUACGAAGUCUUGGUUCAGCUAAACGAGUGAAUAAUAAAGAUUCAGAAAGUACAAUAGUUAUGAGGGUAUUAAGGGACAUGAAUCUAUCAAAAUUAAUUGACGAAGAUGAACCGCUAUUUUUAUCUCUGGUAACUGACUUGUUUCCUAAUCAAACACUGGAAAAAACGGCUUAUCCAGAACUUGAAGAAGCCAUAAUCGGUCAAGUAGAGCAAGCCGGAUUGGUGAAUCAUCCUUCUUGGUGUCUGAAACUGAUACAGCUAUACGAAACUCAAAUGGUACGACAUGGAAUUAUGACUCUAGGACCCACCGGUGCAGGAAAAACUACGUGCAUACAAACUUUAAUGAGAGCUCUAACUCAAAUGGGAGACUUUCAUAGAGAAAUGAGAAUGAAUCCGAAAUCAAUCACAGCUGCUCAAAUGUUUGGUCGACUGGAUGUCGCCACCAACGAUUGGACCGAUGGAAUAUUCUCAGCUUUAUGGAGAAAAACAUUAAAAUCAAAACCUGGUGAACACGUAUGGCUUGUACUAGACGGUCCAGUUGAUAGCAUUUGGAUCGAAAAUUUAAAUUCCGUUCUUGACGACAACAAAACGCUGACUCUAGCAAACGGUGACAGACUUUCCAUGUCGCCUACUUGCAAAAUCAUCUUCGAACCUCACAACAUCGAUAAUGCAUCUCCAGCUACCGUCUCAAGAAAUGGUAUGGUGUACAUGAGCUCCUCUGGAUUAAACUGGAAGCCCGUAAUAAGAGCUUGGUUAAAGAGUAGAAGUCCGAAAGAAAUUGAAGUAUUUCAACAUCUUUUCGAUGAAUCGUUUUCGAAGAUGUACAGCUGGGGAACGCAAAAUUUGAGUUUGGUAAUCGAGGUUCUUCAGUGCAAUAUCACUUUGCAAAUUAUAAGGAUUUUAGAAGGACUGAUACCGAAGCAAAUUGUUUCCGAAGAAGAGAUUUCCGCUUCGAAAUCAGACGCGGGAGAUUUGGAAGAUGAAAUAGUCGAAGAAGUUGAAAAAGUGGAAGAGGAUAAAGUUUUUACAUCAGAACAUUUGGCUAAGCUUUAUGUUUUCGCGUUGGUUUGGGGAAUGGGAGCGUAUUUGGAAACUGAAGACAGACUCAAAUACGACCUCUUUUUCAGGGAAGAAUUAUCAUUUUUGGAUUUACCUGUCAAUGACAAAAAGCAUCUUGACGCAACGCUCUUUGACUACGUUGUCAACUUAGAAGGCGAAUGGGUCUCUUGGAAUACCAUGGUCACAAAUUACGUUUAUCCAGAACUCUCCACGCCGGAAUUCGCCCAGAUUCUCAUCCCCAUUCCGGAUAAUGUCAGAAUAAAUUUCCUCAUCGACACCAUAGCCAAACAAGAAAAGGCUGUGCUGAUAAUCGGGGAACAAGGCACGGCGAAAACUGUUAUGAUGAAAAGUUUCAUGAAAAAUGCAAACGGGGAGAUAUAUUUAAAUAGAUCGUUUAAUUUUUCAAGCGCAACCAGUCCCUUCCAGUUUCAGAAAACCAUCGAAAGCUACGUGGAAAAAAGAAUGGGCAAUACGUUCGGACCACCGAAUGGAAAGAAAAUGAUUGUGUUUAUAGAUGACAUAAACUUGCCAGAAAUAAAUUGUUGGGGCGAUCAAAUAACCAACGAGAUAGUAAGGCAAACAAUGGACAUGGGAGGUUUCUACAGCUUGGAAAAACCUGGCGAAUUCACGACGAUAUACGACGUACAAUUCGUGGCCGCGAUGGGACAACCUGGUGGUGGUAAAAACGACAUUCCAUCUAGGUUAAAAAGGCAAUUUUGUAUUUUUAAUUGUCCUCUACCGAACGAGGUGUCAAUAGAUAAAAUAUUCGGAGUUAUUGCACAAGGACAUUACAACGUCAAAAGAGCGUUUACUCUGGAAGUGAGGAAUUUGGUGAAGAAACUGAUACCGUUGACUAGAUUGUUGUGGAAAACUACAAGGAUGAAAUUAUUGCCGACGCCCGCUAAGUUCCAUUACGUGUUUUCUCUGAGAGAUUUGUCUAAAAUUUGGCAAGGAAUGAUCGGUACCUUAUCCACCGUGAUAGAAUCAGAAGGUUGCAUGAUGGUGUUAUGGAAGCACGAAUGUACCAGAGUAUUCUCAGAUAGAUUUACCAUAGAAGAGGACAAACACUGGUUCAACGAAGCGCUGCUUAAUUUGGUAGAAGAACAUUUGGGACGCGAUAUGCGUAUUAAGACAGAGCCCAGUCCCGUUUUUGUUGAUUUCAUGAGAGAUGCUCCAGAACCGACUGGUGAAGAAGGGGAAGAUGCAGAUAUGGAACUACCCAAAGUUUACGAACCUGUUACAAAUGAUAAUGAACUUAGAGAACGAUUAGACAUGUUUCUGGCCCAAUUCAAUGAAAUGGUAAGAGGAUCCGGAAUGGAUUUGGUGUUCUUUCCGGAUGCGAUGCUACAUUUGGUGAAGAUAUCCAGAGUUAUAAGACAUCCUAGAGGAAAUGUGAUGCUUGUUGGUGUCGGCGGUAGUGGAAAACAAUCUCUAACAAAACUCUCAUCCUUCAUAGCAGGAUACAAAACAUUCCAAAUUGCUCUAACAAGAUCCUACAACAUAGGAAACUUCUUGGAAGAUCUUAAAGUACUCUACAGAUCGUGCGGAUGUCAAGGUAAAGGUACCACAUUCAUCUUUACCGAUUUAGACAUCAAGGAAGAAGGAUUUUUGGAAUAUCUCAACAAUAUUCUAUCGUCAGGAGUUAUAUCCAACUUGUUUACCAAAGAUGAUCAAGCCGAAAUAAUUCAAGAGCUGACGCCUAUUAUGAAACGGGAAAAUCCAAAGCGUUCUUUGAACAAUGAAGUCGUCAUGGAAUAUUUUAUGAACAGGACUUGCCAAAAUCUUCACGUCGUCUUUUGUUUUUCGCCAGUUGGAGAAAAAUUCAGGAACAGAGCGUUACGAUUCCCUGCAUUAAUAUCAGGAUGCACCAUUGACUGGUUCCAGCCUUGGCCAAAGGAUGCUUUGAUUCUUGUGGCUCAACAUUUCCUUUGCGAUUUUGAAAUAGCCUGCUCCGAAGAAGUUAAGGGAGAGCUAGUCACCGCGCUUGGCUCCAUCCAGGAUAUUGUGUCUCUGACAUCUGUGGAGUAUUUCCAAAGGUUUAGGAGAGCUACGCACGUCACUCCAAAGUCAUACUUGAAUUUCAUAGCAGGCUACAAAAGUAUUUACAGUAAUAAACAAAUUGAAUUGAGCGAUGGAGCCUUAAGGAUGGAUACAGGGUUAGAAAAAUUGGCAGAGGCCUCGUCGUCUGUUUUGGUACUAAAAAAGGAGUUAGCCGUUAUGGAGAAAGAGCUCGUUGAAGCGUCACAAAAAGCCGAGAGAGUGUUAAUAGAGGUAACUGAAAGAGCUAUGCAAGCUGAAAUCGUUAAAAACCAAGUACAGAAGGUGAAAGAAAAAGCAGAAGUUCUGGUGGCCUCGAUUGCCGAGGAGAAAGCUAAAGCUGAGGAGAAACUAGAAGCUGCCAAACCUGCGCUUGAAGAAGCUGAAGCUGCGUUAAACACCAUCAAACCAGCUCAUAUUGCAACCGUUAGGAAAUUGGGAAGACCACCGCAUCUUAUAAUGAGAAUUAUGGAUUGCGUUUUAAUUUUAUUUCAAAGAAAGUUACAACCUACGUCUGGCGAUCAAGCAGCUUCGUGUCCAAAACCAUCUUGGGCCGAAUCUUUAAAGAUGAUGGCAUCGACAACUUUCUUGCUCCAACUACAAAACUAUCCCAAAGAUAUUAUCAAUAACGAAAUGGUCGAUUUGCUUCAACCGUAUUUUGAAAUGGAAGAUUACAAUAUGGACACGGCGAAGAGAGUCUGCGGUGACGUAGCUGGCCUUCUUUCCUGGACAAAAGCCAUGGCCUUCUUUCAUGGAGUUAACAGAGAAGUUUUGCCUCUUAAGGCUAAUUUAGCACUACAAGAAGCAAGGUUAAAGCUCGCCAUGGAUGAUUUAGCAGCCGCGGAAGAGCAACUAGAAGAAAGAGAACAGUCUUUAAGAGAAGUCAAAGAACAGUACGAUAAUGCUGUUAUGGAAAAGCAAAGGUUAACUGACGCUGCCAACUCUUGUUUGAGAAAAAUGAAUACCGCCACAGCUCUUAUAAAUGGUCUAGGCGGUGAGAAAGUCAGAUGGACUCAACAGAGCAAAGAAUUCAAAGAACAACUCUGUCGGUUGGUUGGAGACGUACUUCUAGCAACAGGAUUCCUUUCUUACUGUGGUCCAUACAAUCAGGAAUUUAGAGCGAAUUUGGUAAAAUUCUGGAUGGAGAUUCUGCAGAAGCACACCAUACCGUUUACAACGAAUCUAAAUAUCACGAAUAUGCUUGUCGAAAAUGCUACGGUAUCUGAAUGGACCCUCCAAGGGCUACCCAAUGAUGAAUUAUCCGUUCAAAAUGCUUUAAUUGUAACCAAAUCGAGAUCCUAUCCGCUCUUGAUUGAUCCUCAAAACCAAGGAAAACUUUGGAUAAAGAGCAAAGAAUCAAAUAACAGUUUGCAGAUUACGUCUUUGAAUCACAAAUAUUUUAGGACGCAUUUGGAAGAUUGUCUCUCUAUAGGAAAGCCGUUACUGAUAGAAGACAUCGACGUAGAUUUGGAUCCGGUACUGGACAACGUUCUAGAAAAAAAUUUCAUCAAAUCAGGAUCUAUAGAAAAAGUUAUUGUGGGAGAUAAGGAGUGCGAUGUUAUGAAAGGAUUUAUGUUAUACAUAACGACGAAACUACCGAAUCCUCCAUAUUCUCCGGAGAUAAGCGCGAAGACGUCCAUCAUUGAUUUUACGGUCACAAUGUUGGGUCUGGAAGAUCAGCUUUUAGGCAGAGUCAUUCUGAUGGAAAAAUCCGAUCUGGAAGCUGAGCGUGUCGCUCUAUUUGAAUCCGUCAUGCAAAAUCAGAGAAGGAUGAAGGAGUUGGAAACUAAUUUACUAAGUCGAUUGAAUUCCACGCAAGGAUCUCUAGUGGACGAUGAAGAAUUGAUCAACGUGUUGCAAGUGACCAAAACCACAGCUGAAGAAGUAACUCAGAAAUUAACCGUGUCAGUGGCCACUGAGAAGAAAAUUAACGUUGCUAGAGAAGAAUUUAGAGCUGUUGCUGCAAGAGGAUCAAUUUUGUAUUUUCUUAUAGUGGAAAUGAGCAACGUAAACGUCAUGUACCAAAAUUCACUCAAACAGUUUCUAAUCCUGUUCGACAAUUCGAUUACCAAAUCAGAAAAAAGCAAUGUCACAGUCGACAGAAUUCAAAUUAUAUUAAAAUACCUAACACACGAAGUUUGGUCUUUUACACAAAGAAGCUUGUAUGAAAGGCACAAGGCCUUGUUUACCUUGAUGAUGGCCAUGAAGAUAGAUCUACAUGAAGGUACGAUAAAGCACGAAGAGUUUAUGGCCUUCAUAAAAGGUGGCGCUUCGUUGGAUCUCAACGCUGUCCAACCGAAACCCUUUAGGUGGGUGCUGGAUAUAACAUGGUUAAAUUUGGUGGAAAUCAACAAGUUGCCCAUCUUUUCGGAAAUUUUAUCGAAAAUUGAAAAUAAUGAAAAAGAAUGGCGUGUUUGGUAUGAGAAAGAAAAACCAGAAGAGGAAGAUAUACCAUGCGGUUACCAAAAAAGUCUUGACGUAUUCAGAAAACUGCUGUUAAUAAGAUCAUGGAGCCCUGAUAGAACUCUGUCCCAAGCUCGCAAAUAUAUAAUGGACUCACUAGGAACCGAAUAUGGAGAACCAUGCAUCCUCGACUUGGAGGUAACUUGGAGUGAAUCUGAACCUAGAUCCCCGCUCAUAUGUAUUCUAUCGAUUGGAUCAGAUCCAUCACCACAAAUUUCAGCAUUGGCAAAAGUCAAAGAUAUCACACUCAAAGCUGUUUCCAUGGGCCAGGGCCAAGAGGUCGUCGCAAGAGACAUGAUAGAGUACUCAAUGGCAAACGGUGGUUGGGUCCUCCUACAGAACAUCCAUUUGUCUCUACCGUUCGCCACGGAGCUGAUGACGAUGAUUGUCGAUACAGAAAGUAUAGAAGACACUUUCAGAAUUUGGUUGACAACAGAAGUCCAUGAACAGUUUCCAAUCGGUCUGCUUCAAAUGGCUAUAAAGUUCACCAAUGAGCCCCCCCAGGGAAUAAGGGCUAGCAUGAAGCGAACGUACCAGAAUAUAACCCAAGAUUUCUUGGAUUAUUCUGCUCAGUCUCAAUGGCCACCACUGUUGUAUGGCGUAGCUUUUCUGCAUACCGUUGUUCAAGAAAGGAGAAAGUUUGGUCCUCUAGGUUGGAACAUACCGUAUGAAUUUAAUCAGGCAGAUUUGGCAGCUUGUGUUCAAUUUAUUCAAAACCAUUUGGAUGACAUGGAUCCAAAGAAGGGCGUUUCAUGGCCUACUGUCUGCUACAUGCUCGGAGAAGUCCAAUAUGGCGGAAGAGUGACGGAUGAUUUUGAUAAAAGACUUUUGACGACGUUUACUCAAGUUUGGUUCUGCGAUGUACUGUUAAGACCAGGAUUCGAAUUCUACAAAGGCUACAAAGUGCCACAGACCAGAAACCUGCAAGGGUAUAUCGAUUACAUUAACAGCUUACCAGCAACAGAUAGCCCCGAAGUGUUUGGGUUGCAUUCUAAUGCUGAUAUUACAUAUCAAAUUAACACAGCCAAAGGUAUUUUGGAUACAAUUCUCAACGUCCAACCUAAAGAAGGUGGUGGCGGCGGUGGGGAAACAAGAGAAAGUGUCGUUUACUGUUUAGCUGAAGACAUGCUUGAAAAAUUACCGAAACAGUACAAUAGUUUUGAAGUAAAAGAAGCUUUGCAGCGCAUGGGACCUCUGCUACCAAUGAACAUAUUUUUGAGGCAGGAAGUUGAUCGGAUUCAGAUAGUACUUAAAGAGGUGAAAUCAACGUUGACUGAUUUGAAAUUGGCUAUAGAUGGAACGAUUGUAAUGAGCCAAAACUUAAGAUGUUCCCUGGAUUCAAUGUACGAUGCUAGGAUUCCAGAAAAAUGGCAAAAAAUUUCUUGGGAAUCAGCAACGUUAGGAUUCUGGUACACAGAACUUUUGGAGAGAGAGGCACAAUUCAGAACUUGGAUCCAAAAUGGGAAACCUGUAGUAUUUUGGAUGACCGGAUUCUUUAACCCACAAGGAUUUCUUACCGCAAUGAGACAGGACGUAACCAGAGCGCACAAAGGUUGGGCGUUGGAUUCCGUAGUUCUCCAGAACUUGAUAACCAGAUACGGCAAAGAAGACGUAAAAGAAGGACCAGCCGAAGGCGUCUACGUUCACGGACUCUUCCUGGAAGGCGCCGGUUUGGACAGAAGAAGUGGAAAACUGAUAGAAAGCAAAGCGAAAGUUCUCUACGAACAAAUGCCGGUAGUAGGCGAUACCCAGGGUGUUAUAUCGAAAACAUAUGAAAGGUACUUGGAACUAGAAACUCUCAAGAACAGGCCCAGACAACAGGAGCGCUUUGUGUGCCAAAUUGCUAGAAUACAUCCUAAUGUUUCUCAUCCAGAGCAACAACGACAACUUCUGGAAGCUGCGGGUGUGAAUGUUUCAGUUGAAACCCUAAGAAAAAGACUUCGCGCUCGAGGGUUGUAUAGAAGAAACCUAAAUCCUAUCGAACACUUGUGGGACCAGCUCAAAAGAAGGGCUAGAGCUCGUCGAAGCAAUGCAGGAAAUGUCGCACAACCUAUUGAUGCAGCAUUAGCAGAAUGA